GCAGAAGUACGAUGGACCAACGCAUGAUCGUUGAAGAGGAGCUGGAGAAGCUCGACGUCCUGGGACGAAGGGUCCAAGAAUCCACAGCUAUGGCCCGCCAAGAUGCCGACAAAUAUUUCCUGCAUAUGGCCACUGUACACACCACGAUGAAGGAGUCCGCUCGGUACAGUCUGCAUGGGUUUGUCGAGUGGGUGGCCGACACCUUUCGGACCAAGAACGUCGAGGGCCUGCGUUUCCUCGUCCGCGCGUACAUUGCUCGAGACUUGGAAUUGCCAGUUGAGAAGUUCUUGGAAGCCGCGGAAAACGUGACGAUCUUCUCCCUUGCCCGCACGAAACCCGUUGCUCCACCGCCACCCGAACCGGAGCCAGCCGUUCCUAAUCCCGUGACCCCCCAGUCGUCGAACGAUGAGCCAUCCCCAGUGGUGCCCAUUGAGAUAGCUCCAUCACCUUUGCCACCCACGACGCUGGCUUCCCUACCGACAACACCGUCCACCCCCCCACCGCCCGCAUUGCAGCCGGCCGUGGUGCAAGUUCCACCAACGUCGCCGCCGGCUCUGCAUAUUCAAAUUGAAGAAACGACCUCGUUACGUCAAGUCGACAAAGUGCCGCCUCCGUCUCCACAUCCCGACGCCGAGUUGCUGCCCUCGAGAACAAAGACCAAGCAACAUCGGCGAUCCGAGCCACCGCGAACUCCUCGUCCCGCCAAGAAGGCCAAAGUCACAAGCCGACAGUCCAAACGAGUGACUUCAGCGAAGCGUAAACAGUCAGCAGUCGUCGAGGUGAUCUCCAUCGAUGACGAUGAUGACGACGACGGUGACGAAGAUGGUGACGAGGAUUACGAGGAGCCGCCUAAACGCAAAAGCGACAAGCCAGCCCUCCCAGCCUCGUCACCGACCACUGCUACUGCGACUGCAUCUGCGGCUACGACUGCGGAGGCUACCGUAGCGUCCCCCGUCGCAGACAUCGACAGCAACGACCGGUCUGACGGCAAGCCGAGCCAACCGACCAGCACCACAAGCGACUUGCCAUCCAAGCGAAGCAAGAAGCCACGUCAGAACACUAGUGGAGCGACCGCUUCGUCGUCGGUUGCGGGGAGGCUGCAUCUGCUGACCCCUCGAAAGCAUUCCAAUUCAGCUCAGCGGCAGCAGCAACACAAAACGCCGGCGACAUCUGAACCUUCCGUCGCCUCCGAACAAAAAACCGAGCUCACGGACACUCGUGUCCUCCCACCUGCAACCGAACCAGCAAAAGCCAGGCCGUUGUUGAACCAGCUUUUGCACGACUCGAUGGGUGUUGACGACGCAAAGAUGGACGAGGCGUCGUUGGCUAGCGUCGAUGACUUGCAGGAGCUGACGUCGAUGGUGGUCGCGUCCAAGCCGUGGACCAAGUGGGGCCAGCGGCUGCGCUCGUUUCUGCCUAACGACACGCCGGAGCGGCAGGCUUGGAACAGCUCGCUCGCCGACUAUUUCGACAACCAUGCAUUUACGUUGUGGCACCGGUACUUUCACAUGGACGUACCGAACGACUUGAAGGCGCAGCAGGACGACGCCACGAGCCAUGCGCAGGCCGCCCUCUAUGAGCUGGCCCAUCGCUUACAUGCUAUGGAAGGCGACGACGUGUUCAAAUUUCUCAAGCGCGCGCCGCAUCCAGCGUGGCCGUCGUGGCUGCCCCAGCCCAUUCAACUGCGUGAUCUCAACGACGACGAUGCCGUCAAGUACCUCAAGACCCAAUCGGGCCGACGGUGGCCUGAACUGCCCUUGAAGAUCGCGUUGAAUGGCCAGCCGUUCAAACCUUUGUUCGAUCCCCUCGGCAUCUUGACGACCACCCCCGACGUUGCCUUCUUCAAGACGCACAACAUUUCUCCCACGUGGGCUCACGACUUGCUCCGCCGACUCGAAGCCGAUAGCGUGUACGACGUCUCCAAGUGCGCGUAUGUGGGCGUGACCAUGUUUGGCGAAUCCCCGCCGCAGCAUUUGCCCAACCAAGUGGCGUCGGCAUACGUGUGGGAUUGGAAGCUUGAAACGGUUGUCCAUCGCGUCCACGAGUUGUAACGCUAUUGGCAGAAAUCUAUAUGGACGUCUUUUAUGUACGAUAAUGUAGUAGUAAGUAGUACUUGGG